UGACAUGUCCCGUGGUUUUCUUGUGACUUUCGAACUCUAGUUUUGGAUUUGUUUGUGACCUUGUUUUGCUCUUUACCCUUGUGUCUCUAUCAUGGCUCUUUGUGGUGGCGUAUCCAAAGAAUUGAAAGAAGCAGAUGAAGAGGUUCAAGCUAUUUGUGAUAAGAUAAAACCCAAAGCAGAAGUUGAGAGUGGAAGGAAAUUUGACGUAUUCAAAGCAACACACUACAAGACCCAGGUAGUAGCAGGAACAAAUUUCUUCAUCAAGGUCCAUGUAGGGAAUAACAAUUAUGUCCACCUUCGAGUGUACCGCACCUUACCUUGUGCUGGCGAGACGCUUAAGCUAUCUGCCAUGCUGGUAGACAAAUCUGAAUCUGAUGAGGUCCAGUACUUUGAGGCAAGCUCAUGACAGAUAGGUCACAGCGCUGGAAUAACUUCCUAUCAAUUCACUAAUUAAAACUAACCACAAGGGAUCAUUUAUACAAAUAUUUUUUUUUAAAUUAAACUCCUCUUUUGUCCUUG